UGUCUUCAAGUUAAGUCUGAGCCUGAUAUUACCGCCUUUGGAUUUAUUCCGUCCCUUGACCAAGAAUUGCGCAUAUCUUGCGGGGACGCAACAUUACGAAAAGGGAUACUCGAUAUUAGGAGGGGACCCGCGAGCCGAGAUCCUUCCCCAACGUCAUUUACCGUGCAGUGCGGGACCGAGUUGGGCAGCACCGGAAUAAAGUGGUUACCCCAGACAUCACGAUCGAGCCUGGUCAACGGUCCCUCUCCCGCGGGUUGACGCGUCCGGUCGACCAAGGCCUAGCUACAAGCGCAAGUUUAAGAUCCUUGUGAUGUGCUACCUACUCUGAACAAUAUAUAAGAAGUCCAAGGACCACUUGACUUCACGCUGGCAGCUCCUCGUCAACCACACUCCCUCAUUGUAUAUACCCAUACCAACAUGACCCUUCUCACAACUCUCUCAUCGCUCCUUCUCCUUUCACUGUCUGCUCUCCGCGCUCAAGGCGCAGUGACACAGGAUGACUUUACCGGGCUAGGAGAAAUAUGGGUGCUGAACUCUGCAGACUGGCGGACCGGAAACCCAUCCCAGAAAGUGGGCUGUCUCACCAGCACCGGCAGGUUUCUGGGAACAGAGGAGUACCAGGAUUCUAUUGUGUCCAACGACGAUGAAACAGACUCGGAAAGAAGCAAAUGUGGCGUGUUCCAGAAACUCUCCGUGUACCCUUACACGAUUUCUAGCCGGGAAGGCAAUUGCACUUUCAACGACAAGAACACGGAAGCGAAUAAGGACAGCGCCUAUGGGAAGAGAGACCACGCUUGGAGCUGCAACGGAAAAUAUGUUGCAGAGGUCUUCGAUGCUUUGUAUACGAUCGAUGGAUUUCCGUACCCUUUCCUCUGCUUUGGUGACAUAGCCUGCUACUACGAUGUUCCUCACAUCCCAAGCUCAGGAAAAACUGCCCCGCUGUGGCAGUUCCGUUGGGGCUCGGAGCAGCGCGGUAUCACUCCUGGCCAUGUCAUGGUGCAGUUGAUGUGGCAUCGUGUUGGCGCACCCAAGAGGGAAGGCAGGCCUGCACCUGUCCCGGGCCCGAUAAUAGAGCUCGAAGACGACAUUCUGCUCAGAGGUCAGCAGAUGAGAGAAUGAGCGAGAAGAGAAGUGCGCCGGUGGUGUGGUGUCGAAUGGAAAUGCGCGUGUGCAAGACCACGUGCAACUUGAUUCAUACGGCCGUGUAGGUUAGGACUGCCUGUGCGCAUCAGAAUUAAGCGAUAAGUGAAGUUAAACGUCUCCGAUUGCCAUGGUCAUUUCUUCAUCGCUGUGACCAUUUUAGAACAGGAAGGUAUUGCCAGUCCGGUAUUGAAUUGGGAAGGUUAAGCCCGCCUUCUCUUCGCAUGUCGCCGGUUCAUUUACCAUCGCUGUUUCAACACUUCGAUAUCUGCAAUGC